GGGCCCCCCGCCCCGACGCCCCCGGCCACCAUGGACGCCGCGGCCUACGAGGAAGGCUUGGCCCGCCUGAAGAUCCGGGCGUUGGAGAAGCUGGAGGUGGACAAGAGGCAGGAGAAGCUGACGGAGGAGGUGGAGCAGAAGAUCGCCUCGCAGGUGGGCCGGCUGCAGGUGGAGCUGGAGCGAAAGAGCUCGGAGCUGGAGAAGGCCAAGCAGGAGAGCCUGCGGCUCAGCCGGGAGAAGCAGGAGCUGGAGGACCGGGCGUCCGAGCUCUCCCGCCAGGUGGACGUCAGCGUGGAAAUGUUGGCUUCCCUCAAGCAGGACCUGGUGCAGAAGGAGCAGGAGCUGACCCGCAAGCAGCAGGAGGUGCUGCAGAUCGACCAGUUCCUGAAGGAGACGGCAGCCCGGGAGGCCAACGCCAAGGUCCGGCUGCAGCACUUCAUCGAGGAGCUCCUGGACCGGGCUGACCGGGCCGAGAAGCAGCUCCAGAUCAUCAGCAGCAGCUGUGGCACAACCCCCAACGGCAGCCUGGGGCGCUGCGGGACCCCGGGGGGCAAGGCCGCCGGGCGACUGGUACCGCUGCGGGCACAGAGGGAUCGGCACCCAGGGCCAGGAGCAGCCGUGCAUGGUCCUUAUGUCGUGUCCAACCAACGUUCCUCCUCCAGCACUGGGGCCUCAAGCCGGGCCAAACCCGUGUCGCAGAGCUCGGGCUGCUACGACAUGGCAACUGACAGUGGGUGUCCCGUAGCCAGGACCGAGGCAGCCACGGGCAAGGUGGGCCGGCUGGAGAGGGGCAGCCCCGGCCACUCCAGCGAGGUGAUCAGCCCCGAGAUCCUCAAGAUGAGAGCAGCUCUUUUCUGCAUCUUCACCUACCUGGACACCAGGACCCUGCUGAGGGCAGCCGAGGUGUGCAAGGACUGGAAGUUCGUGGCCCGGCACCCAGCCGUGUGGACACGGGUGCUGCUGGACAAUGCCAGGGUGUCCUCCAAGUUCCUGGCCAUGCUGUCUCAGUGGUGCACCCAGAUGCACUCCCUCACCCUCCAGAACCUCAAGCCGCGCCAGCGAGGGAAGAAGGAGAGCAAGGAGGACUACAUGAAGAGCACACGGGGCUGCCUGGAAGCAGGGCUGGAAUCCUUGCUGAAGGCCACGGGUGGCAACCUCCUGAUCCUGCGCAUCUCGCACUGCCCCAACGUGCUGACCGACCGCUCGCUCUGGCUGGCCAGCUGCUACUGCCGGGCCCUGCAGGCUGUCACCUACAGGAGCUCUACAGACCCCGUGGGUCAUGAAGUCAUCUGGGCCCUUGGAGCAGGUUGCAGGGACAUCAUCUCCCUCCAGGUCGCACCUCUGCACCCAUGGUUGCCAACGCGGUUCGGCAACCGCUGCCUCCAGAUGAUCGGACGGUGCUGGCCCCACCUGCGGGCACUGGGCAUUGGAGGGGCAGGCUGUGGUGUCCAGGGAUUGGCCUCCUUAGCCCGAAACUGCAUGAGGCUUCAGGUCCUGGAGCUGGACCAUGUGGCCGAGAUCAACCAGGAGGUUGCUGCAGAGAUGUGUCGAGAGGGGCUGAAGGGGCUGGAGAUGCUGGUGCUGACCUCCACGCCUGUCACCCCCAAAGCCCUGCUGCACUUCAACAGUGUGUGCCGGAACCUGAAGUCCAUCGUGGUGCAGGUGGGCAUUGUGGACUACUUCAAGGAACCUCACAGCCCUGAAGCCAAGAAGAUGUUUGAAGAAAUGGUGAACAAACUCCAGGCCCUGAGGAAAAGACCUGGCUUCUCCAAGAUUUUACACAUCAAAGUGGAAGGAGGCUGUUAG